AGAAGAAAAAGAAGUGAAAGAGAGGAGCAAAGCUGAGGAAGUCAGGAACACAUUGCUUUUUCUUUCUCUCUUCUGGUCUUGGAUUCAUCAUGAUCACCAUCUGAAAUUUUAGAAUUUUAUUUUAAUUCAACUUUUGUGAUUGGAGCUGAAAUCAAUAUCUGUAUCCAUUAUCCAGAGGACAUGGGGUUUGUGUUAGAAAUUGGAGUUCAAAUCAGGAAAUCUGUGACCACAUCACUCAGAACAUGUUACAGAUCACUUUUCCAUCAUCCAUUUCUCGUGGCAUUUCUGCUUUUCUUGAUAUUUCUGCAGAGAUUCUUUCCCUCUGCAUUUUCUGUUUUGGUGACUGCAUCCCCUGUUUUGGUCUGCUCUGUUGUUCUUCUUGGGACCCUUUUGAUUUUCGGCCAGCCAGAAUUACCUGAAACCAAAAGGCAAAAGAAGAUUACCCAUGAUUUUGCUUCUCUUAGAACCCGGGUUUCAGCGGAUGCGGCUGUUACUUUGGAGAGGAAUGGGAGGUUUUCUAUACAUAAGUUCUCAGGAAAGAGUUUAGAUGAAGUGAGUUGCAGUAGAUACAGUAGUGAUCGUGAAGGUUCAAUUGGUUAUGUGCCUCUUAUUGAUGAGACAUUUCACUACGCCGAGAGUGAGAAGAGAGAAUUAAAUAGUAAGGAGCUGGAGAACCAGAGAGUCAUUCAUAAGCAGAAAUUCGGGAUUGAUGCCAUGACAAGGAAUGUGGAAGCUAUUGAGAAGCCGGCUUCCCUCAAAGGUGAUCACUCGGAGUCUUCACAGGGUGGCGGUGGUGGUGAUGAUGAGGCUUCAGAUUCUGGCUCAGACCAAGCAGAGAGUUCGUCACCAGAUGCUUCAAUAGCAGACAUCCUUCCAAUUCUUGAUGAGCUACACCCACUUUUAGACUUAGAUGCUCCACUACCUGCUCAUAUGUCCCCUGAUGAUUCUGGGGUUGGGUCUGAUAGGAGUAAUGAUGGCAGUAAUGAGUCAGAUGAUGAGGAUACUGAAAUCCGGGGUCGAGGAGUAGAAGAGUAUGGGGUUGAUGAUAAUGAUGGCGAUGAGGAAGAAGCACAUGAUGGUAAAGAGGAUGAAAGCAAAUCUGCAAUCAAGUGGACAGAGGAUGACCAAAAGAAUCUCAGGGACUUGGGGAAUUUGGAGCUUGAAAGGAACCGAUGCUUGGAGAACCUUAUUACAAGGAGAACUGCAUCGAAAAGACAGAACCCUGAGAAGAAUCUGAUAGAUUUAGAUACUUCUGAAAAUCCCUUUAAUAUAACACAAAUUUCGACAACAAGACACAACCCUUUUGAUCUCUCACAUGAUUCCUAUGAUGAUAUGGGGUUGCCACCCAUUCCUGGUUCUGCUCCAUCUACUUACUUACCAGGAAGAAACCCCUUUGAUCUUCUGUAUGAGCCAAAUGAAGAAAAUCCUGAGCUCAAGGGAGAUCAUGUUGAGCAAGAAUUUGCGACAGUUGUCCCCAAUAAUACAUUCUUUUGCAGGCAUGCAAGCAUUAGACCAUCUAGGUUAGGGGAUGCCAGGCAAGAGAGGCAAGACCUUAAAUGGAGACCUGUUUUUGUACCAGAACAGUUGGCUUCAGAAGAAACAAGCUAUUGCUCAUUCCAAACAUUACCAAGAGAAGCUAGUGAUUCCAAGUUGAGUUCCAUUCCUGAUAUUGAGUCAGUGAGUUCCGGAGAAGAUCUGGAUGAAAGGAAGUUCAAUGAGCGCGUUAAAGAAGCAGAAGUGAUCUCCAAUAUAUACCAAGCUUCUGAGCUUGUUGACCAUAGAAGGCAUUCUUCUGAAGAUCUAGAUCAUCUGGAAAUGGAACGGCCUGGGAAAAAAGAUGUCCAGCAUGAUGAGCCGGAAAUAAAAUUGGGCCAGGUGGAGAAUGGGAAUGCAAGCUUGUCUGGUACAGGAGGAUUUGUUAUUCCUGUGGAACCUAUUACUAAUGCAACUUAUUUGAAACCAGAAGCAUCUGAAGAUAAAAACAGCAGUAGGUCAAGCUUGUCAUCGUCAUCAGAAGCAGAUGAAAAAUCUUCAGAUUUGAGGAAAGAUGGAUCAAAAUUUUUUGAGCCAUUUGAGACACAAGUGCAAACUACGAGUGGAAUGCUGGAUGACAAUCAACAUAAGGAGCCAGUCUAUGACACAAGCCCCCCAGCAUCUGCAAAGGUCCUUUCCUUUAACUCCAUUUCUUCUGAUAUUCAAGCAGAAAUAUCUGAAGUGGUUACACUUCCAUCAUUGGCUGAAAUGCGUGUUCCCUCCAUAGACCAAGCCACAGAUUCAGAUUUUCAUGGUAAAAUCAUAGAAGAAGGUACUUCAGGUAAUGAACAGAUUGGUGCCACCUCACAUGUACGUGCAUCUGUUGAAAAUGGAAGAGAUCCUGGGGAAUGCAACCGGCUCUUCUUAACAGCUUCUCAUUCAGAUUUAAAUGAUGAUCUCCCUAAGAAUUUGAAUGUGAAAGCAGCUUUUACAGACUCUAGUCCUCAGUAUGUUUCUUCGAAAGAUAAAAUGCCAGCAGAGGAGAAAAACUUAUUCUUGUCCGAUAUGCCCUCUUUUCAUGAUCAUUUUACAUUUCCUGAACCACGUAUCAUCUUAUCAGAGUCAAAAGAAGAUUCAAGCAUCAAGGACUUAAAUGCAGUUGGAGUCCCAGACCCCCCUGUGGGUGUAAAAUCCACCUCAAGCAAGGUGAUAGAAUCAAGCAACGAAGCAUCUGGUGUUCAACAAACUAUCAGUACUCAUAUUGCUAUGGAGCAAGUCUCAGAAGCUAAUGAGCUGCCAAAGCCAUCAAAUUCAAAAGAUGGGUCAGUGGAAGUAGGAACUACUGCAGUGGAUUCUACAAAGGAGAUUGCAUCAAGCAAUGCAGGAACAAGUAUUCAAGGAACUGUCACGCCUCAUGUUUCUCCAAAGCAAUUCUCAGAAGCUAAUGUUGGUGGGCAGACACAACCAUCAAAUUCAAAAGAUAAAUCGUCAAAAGUGGAAACUAGUGCAAAGGGUUCUACCAAGGAGAUUGCAUCAAGCAACACAGAAACUGGUGUUAAAGAACCUAUUGCUACUCCUAAUUCUCCAAAGAAAGUCUCAGAAAAUAAUGAUCCUGUGCUGCCUAUUUCAUCAAAAUUCAAGGAUGGGUCAACAGAAUUAGGAACCAAAACUUCUCCGAAGAAAGUCUCAGAAGCUAAUGAUCGCGAGGUGCGUAAACCAUCAAAUUCAAAGGAUGGGUCGACAGAAUUUGGAACCAAUGCAAUGGGCACUACCAAGGAGAUUACAUCAAUUAAUAUAGGAACUGCUGUUCAGGAAACAGUUACCACUGAUCAUGCUCCUAAGGAGGUUUCCGAAGAUAAUGUUGGUGAGCUGCCAAAACUAUCAAAUCCAAAAGAUGGAUCUACAGACGUUGGAAAUAAUACAGUGGGUUCUACCAAGGACAUUGCACUAAGCAGUACAGGAUCUGGUGUUCAAGAAACUGCUGAAACUCCUCUGAAGCAAGUCUCAGAAAGUGAUGUCAGUAAGCUGCCAAAAUUGUCAAAGGACAUUGCAUUAAGCAAUACUGGAUCUGGUGUUCAAGAAACUGCCACCACUCCUGUGAAAGAAGUCUCAAAAACUGAUGUCAGUGAGUUGCCAAAAUCGUCAAAUGAUGAACUAGCAAAAGUAGCAACUAAUGAUGCAGUUGGUUCUACCACGAGUCUUCAAGAAACUGCCCCUACUCUUCUGAAACAAAUCCCCAAAGGUGAUCUCAGUGAGUUGCCAAAAUCAUCAAAUUCAAAGGAUGGAUCAAAUAAAAUAGAAAGUAAUGCAGUGGGUUCUGCCAAGGAGAUUGCAUCAAAUACUAUAGGAACUGGUGUUCAAGAAACUGUCUCUACUCAAACUCCUGUAAAGGAAUUAUUAGAUGUUGGAGACCAGCCAAAACCAUCAGAUUCAAAAGAUGAACAUAAAGAAAUAGAAAUUAAUGCAGUGAGUUUUACGAAGGAGACUGCAUCAAAAAAUGCCAGAUCUGGUGUAAAAGAAACAGUUACUACUGACCAAAGGAAAGUCUCAGAAGGUAAUUUAAUUGAGCUGCCAAAAACGUCGAAUUCAAAGGAUGAAUCAUUGGAAGUAGCAACUAGUAAUGCAGUGGGUUCUACUAAGAAUGUACAAGAGACUGCCAGUAAUCCUUUGGAAGAAGUUUCAGAAGGUAAUGUCUUUGAGCUGCCAAAACCUUCAAACUCAAAGGAUGGAUCACCAGGAGUAACUAAUGCAGUGAAUUCUACCAACAGUGUUCAAGAUACUAGCGUUGGUGAGCUUCCAAAACCUUCAAAUGCAAAUGAUGGAUUGACAGAAGUAAGAACUAAUGCACUGGAUUCUACCAAGAAGCUUGCAUCAAGCAACACAGGAACUUGUGUGCAAGAAGGUAACGCCACUCAUACUGCUAAACAAGUGUCAGAAGGUAAUCUCUCUGAGCUGCCAACACCAUCACAUUUAAAUGACGGAUCAGCAGAAGUAGGAACUAAUGCAGUGGGUUCUACCAAGAACGUUGAAGAAACUGCUACUCCGAAGCAAGUUUCAGAAGGUAAGAACAACGAGCUGCUAAAACCUUCAGACUUAAAGGAUGGAUCACCAGAAGUAACUGGUGCAGUGGAUUCUACCAAGAGUGUUCAAGAUACUAACGUCGGUGAGCUCCCAAAACCUUCAAAUGCAAAGGAUGGAUCGACAGAAGUAAUAACUAAUGCAGUUGAUUCUACCAAGAAGCUUGCAUCAACCAACAUGGAAAGUAAUGUGCAAGAAGGUAUCACUGCUCAUACUGCUCAACAAGUGUCAGAAGGUAGUCUCUCUGAGCUGCCGACACCAUCACAUUUAAAUGACAGAUCAGCAGAAGGAGGAACUAAUGCACUGGGUUCUACCAAGAGUGUUGAAGAAACCGUAACCACUCUGAAGCAAGUUUCAGAAGGUAAUAUCAACAAGCUGCCAAAACCUUUAGACUUAAAGGAUGGAUCGACCAAAGUGCCUAAUACAGGCAGUUCUACCAAGAGUGUUCAAGAAACUUUCACUAUAAAAAAAGUUUCAGAAGGUAAUGACGGUGAGCUUCAAAAACCUUCAAAGGAUGGAUCAACAGAAGUAGGAACUAAUGUAGUUGAUUGUACCAAGAAACUUGGAACUAGUGUACAAGAAAGUAUCACUGCUCAUACUGAAAAUAAAGGUGCAGAAGGUGGUGUUGGUGAGCUUCCCAAAUCAUCAAAUUUAAAGGAUGAAUUACCAAAAGUAGGAGUUGAUGCAGUCGGUUCCUCCAAGGACAUUCCAUCGAGCAACACAGAAUCUGGUGUUCAAGAAAGUAUCACUACUUCAGAAGGUGAUGUUGCUGAGUUGCCAAGACCAUCGAAUUCGGAUGGUCAUGUUGGUGAGGUUCUAAAACCAUCUAUUUCAGAAGAAAGUAAUGCGGGUGAAUUGACAAAACCAACAAAUCCAAAGGAAAGUAAUGCUGGUGAGUCGCAAAAAACACCAGAAUCAAAAGGAUGGUUAUGGUGGUGAUUUGUUGUCAAAACCAUCAACUCCAAAAGAAAGUAAUACAGGGUGAAUUUCCCAGACCAUAUAGUUCAUAGCAUCAAUCUGCAAACGUAGUAACUAAUGUAGUGAGUUCUGCUGAGGAAAAAAAAAUCAAACUUAUUAGCUGCUUCCAUAUCCACUUUGUAAACAAUUGUGACGUAACAUACUAAAGCCGUAUUAUUACACAAAA